AUGGGUAAAAAGAAGAGUAAGAGACAAGUCCGGCCUUGGUGCUGGUAUUGUGAGCGAGAUUUUGAAGAUGAAAAAGUAUUAAUUCAACACCAGAAAGCGAAACAUUUUAAAUGUCCUCACUGUAAUAAAAAGCUGAACACAGCCGGUGGAAUGGUUGUUCAUGUCGCACAGGUGCAUAAAGAAACUAUAGACAC